GCCCCAUGCCCGCCGGCCGCCCGGGCCCCGCCGCCCAAUCCGCGCGGCGGCCGCCGCCGCCGCUGCCCCUGCUGCUGCUCUGCGUCCUCGGGGCGCCGCGAGCGGGAUCAGGAGCCGACACGGCUGUGAUCAGUCCCCAGGACCCCACGCUCCUCAUCGGCUCCUCCCUGCAGGCCACGUGCUCAGUGCAUGGGGACACCCCAGGGGCCACCGCCGAGGGCCUCUACUGGACCCUCAACGGGCGCCGCCUGCCCCCUGAGCUAUCCCGAAUGCUCAACGCCUCUACUAUGGCCCUCGCCCUGGUCAACCUCAAUGGAUCCAGGCAGCAGUCAGGGGACAACCUUGUGUGCCACGCCCGCGACGGCAGCAUUCUGGCUGGCUCCUGCCUCUAUGUUGGCCUGCCCCCAGAGAAACCCUUCAACAUCAGCUGCUGGUCCAGGAACAUGAAGGACCUGACAUGCCGCUGGACGCCGGGGGCCCACGGGGAAACCUUCCUCCACACCAACUACUCCCUCAAGUACAAGCUGAGGUGGUACGGGCAGGACAACACGUGUGAGGAGUACCACACGGUGGGACCUCAUUCCUGCCACAUCCCCAAGGACCUGGCUCUCUUCACGCCCUAUGAGAUCUGGGUGGAGGCCACCAACCGGCUGGGCUCAGCCCGCUCUGACGUGCUGACGCUGGACAUUCUGGAUGUGGUGACCACCGACCCCCCGCCGGACGUGCACGUGAGCCGCGUCGGGGGCCUGGAGGACCAGCUGAGCGUGCGCUGGGUUUCACCGCCUGCUCUCAAGGACUUCCUCUUCCAAGCCAAGUACCAGAUCCGCUACCGAGUGGAGGACAGCGUGGACUGGAAGGUGGUGGACGAUGUGAGCAACCAGACCUCCUGCCGCCUGGCAGGCCUGAAGCCCGGCACCGUCUACUUCGUGCAAGUGCGCUGCAACCCCUUCGGCAUCUACGGCUCCAAGAAGGCCGGGAUCUGGAGCGAAUGGAGCCACCCCACGGCUGCCUCCACCCCCCGAAGUGAGCGCCCGGGCCCGGGCGGCGGGGCUUGCGAGCCGCGGGGCAGCGAGCCGAGCUCGGGGCCGGUGCGGCGCGAGCUCAAGCAGUUUCUGGGCUGGCUCAAGAAGCACGCGUACUGCUCGAACCUCAGCUUCCGCCUCUAUGACCAGUGGCGAGCCUGGAUGCAAAAGUCACAUAAGACCCGCAACCAGCACAGGACGAGGGGAUCCUGUCCUCGGGCAGACGGGGCGCGGCGAGAGGUCCUGCCAGAUAAGCUCUAGAGGCUGGGGCUGCCCUCCCUGCUGCAUGGAGAUCCAGGGGCCACCCCAGACUGGGGCCCAUCUCUGUACCCUCCCCUCAGGGUGCGCUAGCCCUGUCAGCAGCAGCGGGGGCGAGUACUCCGAGCUCUGAGGGCCACAACAGCUCUGGCCUCCAUGUGAGGUGCACCCCAGUGGGGGGUGUGUGUGAGUGAAGGGGGGCUUUGCUUCCCAGAAUGCUUGCCAGAGCUGAGUGUGAAGAAGGGUUAUUACUCCCCCUACCCAGGACCCCCUCCAAGGAAUCUUUUUAAAUAAACAAAACUAUUUAGGUGC